UGAAGUAAGUGUUGAGUUGUAGAUAAACUGUAAAUAAAUUAGGUGAUUAGUUGAAAUCCCUUUAAUUAAGGGAUUUGGUGAAUAUAUAUUUAGGAUUGAGUUAGUUUCCUAUUAUGAGUUAGUUUCUUUUUUUUCUUCUUAUAAUUUGUUAUAUAUUACCAUGUACUAUCAAUAUGAAAAUUAAGGAAUUAUUUUUUCCCUUAUUCACUUCUAUUUCUCUUCAUGGUAUCAGAGCCUAGGUUAAACCUACCGGCGUGAACAGUGCUACGCGUGAACAGUACCCUUUACGUGAACAGUACUUGACGUGAACAGUAUCUACGUAAGCCUAGGUUUUUUGUUUUCCUGGGUUCCUUUUUUUGUUUUUGUUUUUUCAGCCUUCAUCGCUGAGUUUCUUCUUUUACAUACUCCAGCCUUCAUUGCUGAAUCCAACUCUGUCCAGAAAAUUGGAGAAUUACAGAAUAUACGGACAUCCAACAGGCUUAAUGGGAAGAAUUACCUCAAAUGGUCCCAAAUUGUUCGCACAUACCUAAAGGGCAAAGGGAGACUUGGUCAUCUACUUGGAACAGGACCAGCAAAAGAGGAUCCAACCUUCGAAGCAUGGGACGAGGAAGACUCUAUGAUUAUGUCUUGGUUGUGGGACUCCAUGGAACCAACAAUCAGUGACACUUGUAUGUUUUUUACCACUGCAAAGGAAAUUUGGGACUGCCUUCAUCGCACAUACUCGAAAGCUCGUAAUACCGCCCAAGUAUAUGAGAUCAAAGUCAAAGCUGGGGCCACUAAGCAAGGAGACAAAUCUGUUACAGAAUAUGCAAAUCUUUUGCAAAAUCUGUGGCAGGAACUAGAUUAUUACCAAGUGAUUGAGAUGAAGUGUCAUGAAGAUGCUGUCAGCUUGAAGAAUUUUAUUGAAAAAGAUCGGGUUUAUGAUUUUUUGGCUGGAUUGAAUCCUGAAUUUGAUCAGGUCAGGAUCCAAAUCAUUGGCAAGGACUGCACGCCAUCUCUAGAAGAGACAAUUUCAUUAAUCCGAGCUGAAGAAAGUCGAAGAAGUGUUAUGUUAGAAUCACAAACCAUGGAAGGGUCAGCCCUAGCUGCGAAAACAGAUCAUCAAGACAAAGAAAAAGGUGAUCUGCCUAAAUUCCCGGGUAGAGAGAACAAGGAUACUCUCUGGUGCAACUACUGCAAGAAACCGAGGCACACCAAGGAGAUGUGUUGGAAACUACAUGGCAAGCCACCAAGCCGAGAGUGGGGAAAACGUUGGGGGCAGCAAAGACCUCAGGCACACAUGACAGAACAACCCAAAUCUGAAGAAAAUUCAGCAAUAGGAGGGCUCAAUAGUGAAGAACUUGAAAAGCUAAGAGGCUUGCUAGGAUCUCUUGACAAACCUUCUGGAACUUGUUCAUUGGCUCUCUCAGGAUCAGGGCUCGAGGAGGAGGAUUGGACUUGCUAAGGAAAGAAGCGGCCUUUACUACCUUGAAUCAUCUCAGAAUAUUAGGACACCUUUAUCUUUAUCUUUUUUCAGUUCUUCAAAUAAAGAAACCAUUUGGUUGUAUCACCGACGUCUUGGUCAUCCAUCUUUUAGGAUUUUAAAAGUCAUGUUUCCUCAUUUGUUUCUAGGAUUAGAUAUUUCUGAGUUUUAUUGUGAUAUUUGCGAAUUAGCAAAACAUACUCAUGUAUCUUUUCCUAUUAGUAAUAAAAGAAGUCCUUAUCCUUUCCAUUUGAUUCAUAGUGACAUAUGGGGUCCUUCUACCAUACCUAAUGUUUCUGGAGCUCGUUGGUUUGUAUCUUUAAUUGAUGAUUGCACUCGGGUUACAUGGCUCUUUCUCCUUAAACAAAAAUCUGAUGUUAGCAUUGUUAUACCUAAUUUUCACUCACUGAUUCAAAACCAAUUUGGGGUUAAAAUAAAAAGCUUUAGGACAGACAAUGCUAGAGAUUACUUCAACCAGAUUUUGUCCCCCUACUUUCAAUCACAGGGCAUUAUCCAUGAUUCAUCAUGUGUUCACACACCCCAACAAAAUGGGGUAGCAGAAAGGAAAAAUAGGCAUUUACUCAAUACCACCCGAGCACUUCUCUUCCAAGGGAAUGCUCCUAAAUCCUAUUGGGGGGAAGCUGUCCUUACUGCCACAUACAUGAUCAAUAGACUUCCCUCACAGGUAUUAGACAACAAGAGUCCCAUGGAGGUUCUCAACAGUUUCUAUCCUCAUUUCAGAACCUCAAAUGGGCUAACUCCUAGGGUAUUCGGAUGCACUGCUUUUGUUCAUAUCCAUGGCCAACAUAGGGGCAAAUUAGACCCUAAAGCCAUCAAAUGUGUCUUCCUUGGCUACUCAUCCACUCAAAAGGGGUACAAGUGUUACCAUCCUCUAUCCCGGAAGUUUUACAUCUCUGUUGAUGUUACUUUCUUUGAAUAUACACCUUUUUUCUCCAAGUCCUCUCCUCAAGGGGAGAUUUCAAUGAUGGAGGAUAGUGCUUGUGAGUCCUUUGAACCACUUAAAGCUCUUGACCUUCCUUCUGUUCCAGUUCGUGUUGUUGAACCUGAGUCAUCUUCUAUUCCCGCUAGUGAGUCAUCUCCUAUUCCAGUUAGUGAGUCAUCUCCUAUUCCAGCUAGUGUUACUCAAAAUUUUCAGAGAUUUUCUCAGGUGUAUUCAAGGAGAAAGGCCGCUCCAGAACUGACACAGGUCCAAGAAUCUAACUUAAACCCUGAUAAUGGGAUCACAGUAAGAUCUGACCCACUUUUGCAAGCAAGUGAAAUAUCCAACCAAGAUCUUCCUAUUGCAGUUAGAAAAGGUACCAGAGAAUGCACCAAACGACCACUCUAUCCACUAUCUCACUAUGUCUCUCUUAAGCACCUAUCACCAGCCCACAAAAAGUUCAUUGUGAGUCUAAACACCAUUACUAUCCCUAACACUGUUUCUGAGGCAUUGUCAAAAAGAGAAUGGAGGGAUGCUAUGAGGGAGGAAAUGGAUGCAUUAGAGAAAAAUAAGACGUGGGAGAUUGUUGAUAAACCGAACGGGAAGAAUAUUGUAGAUUGUAAGUGGAUUUACACGCUGAAAUAUAAAGCUGAUGGAUCUCUUGAGAGAUAUAAAGCAAGAUUGGUGGCAAAAGGAUAUACUCAAACUUAUGGGAUUGAUUAUCAGGAGACCUUUGCUCCAGUUGCAAAAAUGAACACAGUAAGAGUCCUGCUGUCAUUAGCUGCCCACUUUACUUGGCAACUACUACAGUAUGAUGUUAAGAACGCAUUUCUCCAUGGUGACUUAGAUGAAGAAAUUUACAUGAAUAUUCCACCGGGAUUUGUAGAGGACACAGGUAACAAAGUGUGCAAGCUAAGGAAGGCCCUUUAUGGGUUAAAACAAUCCCCUAGAGCAUGGUUUGGAAGAUUUGCAAAAGUCAUGAAGAAGUCUGGGUAUAAACAAAGUCAGGGUGAUCACACUCUUUUCAUUAAGCAUUCAACUGCAGGAAAGGUGACUGCUCUCCUAGUCUAUGUAGACGACAUCAUAGUGACUGGAAAUGAUGAGAGAGAGAAGCAUGAACUGAAGCAGAAACUAGUAGAGGAGUUUGAAAUAAAAGAAUUGGGCAAACUGAAGUAUUUCCUUGGUAUUGAGGUAGCAUAUUCCACACAAGGAAUCUUCAUUUCUCAACAAAAGUAUGUGACUGAUCUAUUGGCAGAAACAGGAAAAAUUGGUUGUAAGCCAAUUUCUAAUCCAAUGGAUCCAAAUCACAAGCUAGGAGAAGCUAAGGAAGAACCAGCUGUUGACAAAAGAAUGUACCAGAGGUUGGUUGGUAAGCUCAUAUACCUUGCUCACACUCGGCCAGACAUAGCAUACUCUGUGAGCGUGAUCAGCCAAUUCAUGCAUGAUCCAAGAGAAUCUCAUCUUCAAGCUGCUUAUAGGGUGCUACAUUACUUGAAAGGCAAUCCGGGAAAAGGAAUUCUGUUCAGGAAGAACAAUACUCUGGCUUUAGAAGCUUACACUGAUGCUGACUAUGCAGAUUCCCUAGUGGAUAGAAGAUCAACUACAGGGUAUUGUACUUUCCUUGGUGGUAAUUUGGUGACAUGGAGAAGCAAAAAGCAGAAUGUGGUGGCAAGAUCAUCUGCAGAAUCAGAAUUCAGGGCUAUUGCUCAAGGAUUAUGUGAACUACUCUGGUUGAAGAUCAUUCUAGAUGACUUAAAAGUCAUAUGGGAAUGUCCCAUGAAGCUCUAUUGUGACAAUAAAUCUGCCAUCAAUAUUGCUCAUAAUCCUAUUCAACAUGAUAGGACAAAGCAUAUUGAAAUUGAUAGACAUUUCAUCAAGGAAAAAUUGGAGGAAGGAUUAGUGUGUAUGUCCUAUGUUCCUUCGGAACGUCAAUUAGCUGAUGUUUUAACAAAGGGGCUAAAUAGUUCAAGAUUUCAUGAUCUCAUAUUCAAGCUGGGAAUGGAAGACAUCUAUUCCUCAGCUUGAGGGGGAGUGUAGAGUUGUAGAUAAACUGUAAAUAAAUUAGGUGAUUAGUUGAAAUCCCUUUAAUUAAGGGAUUUGGUGAAUAUAUAUUUAGGAUUGAGUUAGUUUCCUAUUAUGAGUUAGUUUCUUUUUUUUCUUCUUAUAAUUUGUUAUAUAUUACCAUGUACUAUCAAUAUGAAAAUUAAGGAAUUAUUUUUUCCC